AUGGUGUCCUCGAGGGCCUUGACAAUUCUAGUCCAAUCACAACCAGCUCCUGCCCGAUUUCACUACCCAAGAGAGCCCGGGUAUCUUAGGGAGUCGACAGUGACCAGGUUUGACAACAAGAUCGCCCCUCAGGAAAUCAAGCUCGAAGACAGCGUAUUGUCUUUCCAGACAGAUUUCAAGGGGGAGGAGUACCGAUAUGUCCUGAACGCGCAGCGUGGUCUUUACGACAAUCAAGUGCUGUCUUUCUACACCGGCCGUCGGGGACAUUUUGAGGGGAAAAUUGGUUACAAAUGCAUCAACGGUGUUGCCAAAGCGAUUCUAUUGCCCCCGGGCCACUCCGUUUUUAUUGUGCAGGAGCCCCAAUUUGAUGGUGAUUAUGCCAAGCUGAGCUAUGGCGCCCCUACUGGUGGUGUUCUCUCUUAUGGCGGAGGCAGGAACCAUCAUAUUCAUGAUAUCUAUGUCAACUUCCAACGUUAA